GGGGACGCGACCCGCCACCCCACGCGCCUUGCAGCCUGCCUCUCCCCCCAGACGCUCCCAGACGCUCCCAGAAAAGCCCAGCCCCGCCGAUUAUCUCUUACUGGAUUUGCGGCGCUGUGCUCUGGGAAUUGACCGAUCUACAGUACCAUCCGCCGGGAGAUAUGGAGAGUCGGAGUUAACGGAUUGUCGUUACACGCACCUCCGCCCGGGGCUGCAAUCCCAGAGGAACAUCCCAUUAUCGAUAUGCACCAUUCCGCAAUGGCAACCAUUCACGACGACAUUGCUUUGGCCGGGGGUCUUGGGGGGGACCGGAGCGUCUCCGACGAGACAUCGGCAGCCACCCGCGACGAUCCCCGCGUCCCUGAAGCCGCUUACCUCCCGCGCUCAGCCAGCUACACCUAUCUACCCCAGGUCAAGGACAUCAGUUACGAGGACCCAUCAAGAGUGGAGCUGAAGGGCAGAAUUUCGGAGGCAGAAUUGCGAGCGACAGAUACGGGGGCUGAGGAUGGGGCAUCAUACGCCUCCUCCGGCGACUCGACACCGGAAAGCGAGCAAGGCAACACGGCUGAGGCAGCGCGCCUCAAACCUUCGAGCCCCCCACCACAAACUCGGAGACUCAGUCUGUCGAGGUUCCGAUCUACAAGCUCGCGCAAUACCAAGGCGGAGGCCGCUCAGACCAAGAAUAAGGAGGCAAAGGAGACAACACCCACUAUCGCCGAAGCUUCUACUCCCAAGAGGUCCUUGACGCAACUUCGCCGCAAGUCUUGGGUUCCCUCUUCGCAGAACUUCUCGCCUACUAAGGUCCAGGAAGAGGGUGACGUCAAUGCGCCGCGGCCCUCACCUGAGAAGCGUCGUAGCUUCAUCAGCACUGCUCGCAGAAAGUCAAUUCUCGUCCGAAAAGACUCGGAUACUCCUGCGGCAGAAGGAGACAAGACUCCAGACUCGCCCAAGGUCUCCCGUAAGGGCACCGUCCUGACCAAAAGGCCGCGGAAGCCAUCAAACGCUCAUCUAAAGGAACUGGACCCUGAAGACCUCUCCCCCACCACGUCGCAAUCUCUGCCCACCAGUCCCACCCUCCCGCCUAUUCCUAGGGUGUCGAGCAUCCCUUCUAUAGGGAAAUCCUUCUCGACAGACAGGCUUCCUUCACUGGUCAGAUCGCCGCCUUCGUCCGACUCUAUACCCCCACUACCGCAGCUUCAGAUCUCCUCCGAGAGACUCAAGACCUUCACCAUGGAAGCGCCGCGGAAGAAAGACGAGCUCUGGAACACCUUCAGAUCUCUCGACUCCGACUACCAGAAAUUCCAGUCAAAGUCGAUCUCUUUAAAAGCGAACGUCGUCCGCUCGUCGCUCAUGCCAUUUUUGCGCACUUAUGCCGAACACCCCUCAAAUAACAAGCUCCGUCCCGAGGACCUCGAUCGUCGGGUCAAUAUUCUCUCCAAAUGGUGGACUGGUCUUCUGGAAAUGGUUCAUGGCAAGAACAAUCAGUCGAUAUCUGGGACUGACAGACCAGCAAUCUUUGACGGCAUUGUCGGUAUCAUGGAGAGACCCGAAUGGCGACUUUACCCGUCUCCAUUCUGUCCUUUGGCGCAUAGACAGGCAACGGCGCUCGCCCCUAGGUCCAAUUCCCCAACUUCCGCCUCGUCAUCCUCGGAAUCCGAGUUUCUUACAGAAUCCGUCUAUCACAAUGUGCGAAACAUCUUCGUUCAAAAUCUCACUGCGCAGAUGACAUUUGUGGUCGACAAGAUGUCGCUCCGCAGCAUCCAAGCUACUCUUGUCAGUUUCAGCGGCAAAACUUGCGCGUACGCUUUUUUCUUUUGCCCGGGGUUUGCUGAAAUACUCAUACGUCUCUGGACACCGUCUCUUGACUCUAUGCGCAGAGUUAUGGAUGAGUGCAAGGUUCCUAGGCAAGCGAAGGCAAAGCUUGAGGAGAGCGCAAAACGCCUUGUUCCUGCGUUUCCGCCUCACCUGCACCCGAUGGCAUUUACAGAUCCUUUAAAGAUAUUCCGUGAACUCCGUAAGCCCGCGGCAUUCCCCUUGGGAACGGCCUCACUGCCUUGGCAUGGAGCUUGGGUCAAGAGGUGGAAGGGUACUGAAAGUGAUCUUUUUUACGUCUUUGCCAAGUACUUUCAUGUACUCGCGGCAGAGUUCUUGCCAGAUGACACCCCGGCCAUUGAUCGCCUUUGCGUGCCUGGACUUGUCAUGGUACACGCUCAAAUCCUGUCCAACUUGGACGACACGCUUCACCGCCAUGUCGCGAUGGCUCAUCAACCAACACCACCUCCUCCUCAACCAGAAGCCGACCCGCAUUCACCUGCCGCAAUCACUUUUGAUGAUGUUUUGGAUCCUGAUGCUUCAGCUUCCGCUAUCCCGAUACCCCCUGCGAACGCAACGCGUCUUAUGGCAGAGAACCGCCUGAUAAUGCUUCUCCGCGAUUUCCUUUCAGCACGCAAUUCGCAUUUGGUGUUAGCCCCGCACAUGUUUGCCGAAGCCUUUUCCCACGUUUUGCAAGCUGGCGCUCGCAGAGUAAAGAUGUUUGAUUAUACCUCCCACUAUACCCUCUGCGACUUUCUGGAGGAAGCGCUUGGUCUUAUGCUGCGCUACGAACAUGCCGAAGACAAGGAUUUUCUCGAUUGGUCUUUCUGGAUCACAGUGUUCAAACGUAUGGCAAACUGCCACCACAACAUGACCGAAAUGCGCCUCUAUUCCCUUUUGUACAGUAUAUGGGGGACCGUUGUUGAAGACUCCAUUCGCAAGGCUCAGCUGUGUCUAGAAUUUCUUUUGGACCCGGAAUUCUUCGAGAGCAAAUUCAACCAUUGGUGCCCGAUGGUCAGAGCCUAUUACAUGCGCCUGCUUUGCUGGCGCAUUGCCAGGUUCGAUGGGGAAAACAGAGAGCACGACCUAGCCAUCUUUGCAAGGUUUGAAGGAUGCUUGCAGCGCGUAUGGUCCCAUUUCUUGUAUCUUCAAGAAACCGCCCACGCCAAGAACGCGGUCCUCCCUUCCACAGCUCCAUGCAACCCAGCUCCUGGUCGGCGUUUCUUGAUCAUGCGCACCGAUGCGCCGCUCUCUCCCACCAACGGCCCAUUCCUUUCUUUUGACGGAAUCAUUUCCAACCCUUCGAACGAUAAAUCAAAACCGGCCAGUCAGAUACAAGAUUCUGACAUGCGACCUGCUUCUUCUUUGUCUAUUGCGUCUGAUGGCUCAGAUCUCGAGCAAGAGGAUACAGGCAAAAGGAGAUGGAGUGUGCUGCGGAACCUGAUCAGCUUCCCAAAGAGCCGGUCCAAGUCACGAAGCCCAGGCCCACCUUCAAACCGCCAGGAGGAGAAGGAUGCUACAUCACCCAACGGCACCGACAUUCCUGAUGAGCCCGAGAAGGAAAAAACCAAGGAAACUAUUGUAACGCCACCACACCGCAGCUAUUGCUUCCGCUUCAGUCUUGAAUACGUCGACAAGCGCUUCCAGAGCCCUGGCAACCUACGCCUGAUGCAGCCGAGACUGCCUGCCCCAGCUCAGAUAUUCCUACACUCACCAGACAAGCCCGAUGCUGCAAUCGGCGACGAGGAUAUGCCAAUUGCCCUGCCUAAAGUGACCUCGGCAAAGCCUGAGGGUGCGGCAGCCACGAGCAGCAAGUAUGCAGGGCGCGCAUUGGGCGAAUGGCAAAUUGUCGUCGGCGAAUGCCAGAGUUUCUUCGAUCGGAGGAAAAACGAAGGCGUACCAAAUAACAAGUGCGUCGAGACGCCAACGCUGGGGGUGGAAGUGUUCAGACGACCCGGCUGAAAGGCCAGACAUUGCACAUCAUUUUUGCCGCCGACAUUUAAUGUGCUUGGCUCCGUCUGACCAGGAUGGACCAGGCUCUAAUUUCCCCUUCUCC